CUCCAUUUACCCCUCAAUUCCCCUCUACCUGGAAGUGAAUUGACUAAGGAACCCUUUCGAUGGGAUCAGAGGUUAUUUGCUUUGGUUCUCCGUUUGCCUGGUAUUACAGCACCAGAAUCGGAGCAGAUGACAGGGGUACCAGUGGAUGACUCUGCUAUCACACCUAUGUGUGAAGUCACAGGGGGUCGAUCAUAUUGUGUGUGUUCUCCAAGAAUGCUGAAUCAGUGUCUUGAGUCAUUGGUGCAAAAAGUGCAAAGUGGAGUGGUAAUAAAUUUUGAAAAAGCUGGACCGGAUCCCUCCCCAAUUGACGAUGGGCAGGUGGAUAUAUCUAGACCUUUUGGACCCCAACCUUGGCACAGCUGUCACAAACUUAUUUAUGUCAGACCAAACCCUAAAACUGGGGUUCCUAUAGGUCAUUGGCCUGUUCCUGAAUCCUUCUGGCCAGAUCAAAAUUCUCCAACACUGCCACCUCGCACAUCUCAUCCUGUGGUGAAAUUUUCCUGUACUGACUGUGAGCCGAUGGUAAUUGACAAACUGCCUUUUGAUAAAUACGAGUUAGAACCUUCACCACUGACCCAGUUUAUCUUGGAAAGAAAAUCCCCUCAGACCUGCUGGCAGGUAUAUGUGAGCAAUAGUGCAAAAUACAGUGAACUUGGUCAUCCUUUUGGUUACUUGAAAGCUAGCACAGCUCUGAACUGUGUGAAUUUAUUUGUGAUGCCUUACAAUUAUCCAGUCCUUCUUCCGCUGCUAGAUGACUUGUUUAAAGUACACAAGGCAAAGCCUACAUUGAAAUGGCGACAGUCAUUUGAAAGCUAUUUGAAGACAAUGCCUCCUUAUUAUCUUGGGCCUUUGAAGAAAGCUGUGAGAAUGAUGGGAGCACCAAACCUUAUAGCUGACAAUGUGGAAUAUGGACUUAGUUACAGUGUCAUUUCCUAUCUCAAAAAGUUGAGUCAGCAGGCCAAAAUAGAGUCCGAUAGAGUCAUUGGCUCUGUAGGCAAAAAGGUAGCGCAAGAGACUGGAAUUAAGGUCAGAAGCAGAUCACACAACCUGUCUAUGGCACAUAGGAACGAUUUUCAACAUCUGCUACAGGGGAUUACUGGGGAAAUUCCUCAUAGACCUCUAGACUUCAAUAUGAAGGAGUAUGCUGGGUUCCAAAUAGCUUUGCUGAAUAAGGAUUUGAAACCUCAGACUUUUAGAAAUGCUUAUGACAUACCCAGAAGAAAUCUUUUGGAUCAGUUAACACGAAUGAGAUCUAAUUUACUGAAGAGUACUCGCAAGUUCCUCAAAGGACAAGAUGAAGAUCAAGUUCACAGUGUACCUAUAGCACAAAUGGGAAACUACCAGGAGUAUCUAAAACAGGUACCUUCUCCACUCCGAGAGCUUGAUCCUGAUCAACCACGAAGGCUUCAUACAUUUGGCAAUCCAUUCAAACUGGACAAAAAGGGAAUGAUGAUAGAUGAAGCGGAUGAGUUUGUAUCAGGGCCUCAAAAUAAACAUAAAAGACCUGGAGAACCAAAUAUGCAAGGGAUUCCAAAACGACGACGUUGUAUGUCACCCCUGCUCAGAGGUCGACCGCAAACUCCUCCGGUUGUGAAUAAUCACAUCGGAGGAAAAGGGCCACCAACACCAAUCACACAAGCACAGCCUGACCUUGUUAAACCUAUUCCUGUUCACAAAACAUCAGAAACAAAUAAUGAGGUUACAAUGGAUGAUGUGGUUGAGAAUCAUGUUACAGAUCCACUUUCAUCAGAUGUUUUCCCAAAUACUGUGGAUUCAGAGUUUUCAAUGUCCUCUUCUUCGUUCAAUUCAUUGGAUCGACCACCAGCUCAUACAGAGGAUGUAGGCCAUGAACAUUUAGCGAAUAACUUGAAUGUCGAUGGGUUUUUGGAGAAUCAUGAGGAAUCAAGUAGUAAAGAACAAAGUACCGAAGAGAACUUGCCAAUGUCUUCACCCAGCAAAGGGAAAAAAACAGUGCAUUGCAGGAGUUCCAGAGAGAUUAAUAUAGAGCUAAGAGCACAAAUUAUGAAAGAGAUCCGAAAACCAGGAAGAAAAUAUGAAAGAAUCUUCUUUUUACUGAAGCAUGUACAAGGAAGCUUACAAACCCGACUGAUAUUUUUACAAAAUAUUAUUAAAGAAGCUUCCAGGUUUAAAAAACGAAUGCUGAUAGAACAGCUUGAGAGUUUUCUGGAAGAAAUCCAUCGCAGAUCCAAUCAGGUCAACCAUAUCAACAGCAGCUAGGAAAUACUGCACACAAGAGAAAGCCACAGUAGGGCUCUGCUGUCCCUACUUGCAUUCAUUUUUGACAUGCACUCUUAUCUCAAGUUCCUGUACCUGAAAGAAUGAGAAGCUGCUCUAUAAAAUGAUGAGAAUAGUAUCCAUCAUCUUUUUUCUUCACUUCUGUUAUUUUUGUAAUGUGAAAAAUAUUACAAAAACAUUCUUAUUUAACUAAAUGGAGAACUUCUUGCUUGUCAUGGACUUAAGUGUCACUUUCCCUCAGGUUCUAUUUUUCUUAAUCCAACCUUCAAAACUAUCACCUCUUAAGGUUGAACUUUGCCAAAAAGUUGCUUUGUAAUUUUCAAAAAAAAAAAAAGGAAAAAAAAAAGCACAUACAUUAAACAAGGUAAUGUUUUGUAUAUACAGUUAUUUUGGAUAUAUUAUUGUAAGUUGUAUAAAUGUAUUUUGAAAAAUAUUUAAGAAAAGCACUUUUGUUAUUCCAUCAAUAAAAGCUCUAUUUUAAUCUUUGUGUAGGAUUGAGUACAGUUUUUAUUGGAAUGGUUCAUUUUGCCCUC